AUGACUGUGGAAGACUACCAUAAGGAGAUGGAGAUAACCUUGAUUUGGGCUAACAUUGAGGAGGAUCGAGAGGCGAUCAUGGCUCGGUUCAUCUGUGUCCUGAACCGUGAGAUUGCCAAUAUUUUUGAGCUGCAUCACUACGUGGAGCUUGACGAUGUGGUACAGAUGGCAAUGAAAGUUGAAAGACAACUCAAGGAAGGAGUGCGAUCAUCUUCCAAGUAUGAGGCUACAAGUUCAUCCCCUUGGAAGCAGAAGUGGGGAUCAUCAAAAGCAACUGAGAAAGCAGUUUCAAAAUCAAAGGGAGAGACGAAUGUGGCCAAGACACAACCUAGCAACAAAGAUAGGGGAUCAGGUCAUAUUGCUUCUCAAUGCCCAAACAAGCGAUCAAUGAUCAUAUUGGAUAAUAGGGAGAUCGAAACUGAAGAAGAAGAUGAAGGAAAUGAGUCCACUCCAUCAGUUGAAGAUACUAGUGAUGUUGAGCUUACUGUUGAUGGCCAAGCUCUUGUUGUGCUAAGAGCUCUCUAUAUGCAAGCCAAAGAAGAUGAUGACGGGCUGCAAAGGGAGAACAUCUUCUACACCCGCUACCAUGUGAAAGAUCGGGUGUGCGGUUUGAUUAUUGAUGGUGGCAGCUGUGUUAAUGUGGCAAGCAAGUUAAUGGUGGACAAGCUUAGUCUACCUACCUUGAAGCAUCCAAAGCCAUAUAAACUCCAAUGGCUCAAUGACAGUGGAGAAAUGAAGGAUUUUAAGGAUGUCUUUUCCGAGGAUACGACACCUGGGUUACCACCCAAAAGAGGAAUCGAGAAUCAAAUUGAUCUCAUUCCGAGAGCUUCCAUUCCAAACCGACCAGCUUAUCGAAGUAGUCUAGAAGAGACCAAAGAGCUUCAAAGGCAAGUCGAAGAACUUAUGACCAAAGGACAUGUUCGUGAAAGCAUGAGUCCCUGUGUUGUGCCUGUGCUGCUGGUUCCAAAGAAAGAUGGGACUUGGAGGAUGUGCGUGGAUUGUCGAGCUGUAAACAAGAUAACGGUAAAGUAUCGUCACCCUAUUCCUCGUUUAGAUGACAUGCUUAAUGAAUUACAUGGAUCCACUAUAUUUUCUAAGAUUGAUUUGAAGAGUGGGUAUCAUCAAAUUCGAAUUAAGGAAGGAGAUGAGUGGAAAACAGCUUUAAAGACAAAACAAGGGCUAUAUGAAUGCAAGAGUUUGCAUGACCAUAUUGAUAAUUUGAAAUGUGUGCUUAAAGCUUUGAGACGUGAAAAAUUAUUUGCUAACCUUAAGAAAUGCAACUUUUGCGUAGAUAGGGUUGUUUUCUUUGGAUGUGUUGUUAGUUCCAGAGGCGUGGAAGUUGAUGAGGAGAAGGUGAAAGCUAUCAGGGAAUGGCCUACCCUUAGCACCAUCACUGAAGUAAGGAUUUUUCAUGGUUUAGCCGGGUUCUAUAGGAGAUUUUUCUAA